CUCAUCCCCCCUCCUUCCUCUCCGACCACCACCUCCCCCCUCCUAAAUGGCUUCGCCUUCACCAACAACGACAUCAGCGCAACGACGCGACUCGACAUCACUCCCAUUUCGUCCACCAGACUCCUACUCCUUCCUCUCCCUCAGAUGGCGUCGCGCUCAAGCAGAGGUCUCAUUCAAAGAAGUCGAACGUGCCCUCAAGACAAAGCUUAGGCAGGAUAUCAACCUCAAGGGAGACGACAUAAAGAAGGUUUUCGAGUACGACGUCAGGAGGGACGGCGACUCGGGCGCUUGGUGGUUCAGGUUCAUCGUCGAGAUACACAAGUCCGCUUUUGAGCAUGUCGUCCAUGAGAUUGGCUCUGCAAAGUCGUCUAACCUCACCCUCUGUGCAGAAGAAGACUCAUACAAGGCCCCUCCGCCACCACGGGUUCCCACCCCUUCGCCACCAAAGGCGCUCGAACUGACUCCCGAGCCUCCCUUCAAGAAACAAAAGCUCUCAAAGCACUCGAGCGACACACUUCCCGCUCUCCCGAUCAUUGACUUCCCCACCGCACUUGUCGUCCCUUCUUCCCCUCCUCCACGGCCUGUCCACGUCCCCGAGGACAGCCCGUGGUAUCUCGCAUUCGACGACACCCCCGCUCCAGAUUGUGCAAUAUUUGACUGUAUGCGGUGGGACCAUUCCCGACCUAUGCUUAGGUUCGUCAACGACGCACACUCCUCCUUUGCACAUUCCCCGUCUAUGGAGUCGUCCGACCUUCCUACUUCCCCUGCUACGCCUAUGAGUCCUGUCACCCCUUUGGCAGAUGGCACAAACCUCCCGCGCGAUGUCUCUCGACGAACGUCCUCGCUCAAGCGCACCCAUACGCCUGCAGCACUUCCCUCCCUCCCAACGUCCUUCCAAAUCCCUCAACCCAUCCGCACGCCCUCCCUUCCUGAGAUGCCUACCGGUUCAUCCUUGCGCGUCUCCUCGUCCGCUGACAAGAACCCCUAUUGCGCCACCCGUUCCCCUGCACCUCCUUCCCUCCCAUCCAUGCCCACCUCAACCAGCAGCUAUCUCCUGCCCCCACCCAUCGACCACCCCGCCCCAGAAGACCAAUUCGCAGCGCAGAUGAAAAAGGCCCGUGCGGGGAUCUCAGGUUCCCUCCCAGGUGUCCCUCGCAAGCGCAAACUCGCAGACUUGGACUCGACAAGCAGGGCUGUUACCCCGCUUGAAGGGUUCGCGAGUGCACCCGAGCUGCCCAUGCUUAGUGCCGAUGCCUAG